UUUGUUGCUGCAAGUACUAAUCUUACUGUCUGUAAAGUGCAUGACUAAAUAGAAGUUUUUAAAAAACAAUUUUUUCCUAGUUCAAAAUUAUUUAUGAGCAAACUUUAUGUAUUUUUUUAAGCAUAAAAAUUGUGCAUUUUUUUGCAUAAUGUUAAUUUAAACUCUAAAAUUGUGCGCAAAAUUUUAGUAUAAAAAACAAUUCGAAAAACACUAAACGUUAUCACAUUUUGUUAAACAAUCUAACAAUCAACAACUAAUUAAAAUGAAAUUCAUCGUAGUUGCUUUGGCUUUGGUAGCCUGUGUUAUGGGUGAUGUUUCGGAGUUGGGUUAUGAUUAUCAUGCACCCGCCCCUGUUGAACAUCAUCAUGAACAUGUUAUGAGUUUUGUUCCUGAAGUGCCACAUAACACUUAUAUUCCUCCAGCUGUUCAUGCUCCAGCCCCCGCUCCUGAAUAUCAUCCAGCUCCUGCCCCUGUACCAGAAUACCACCCAGCCCCAGCUCCCCAAAACACUUACAUUCCCCCCGCUGCCCCAGCUCCUGUACCAGAAUACCAUCCUGCCCCAGCCCCUGCUCCAGUUCCAGAAUACCAUUCUGGUCCUGUAGCUCCCCACAACGAUUAUCUUCCCCCCUCUGGUCCAGUUGGUGCCUCAGCUGAUUUCGGCAAUGAUGGCUACCGUUACAAGUCCGUACGUCGUGUUGUCUAUCGUCGUCGUUUCUAAUUUGUUAUUUAAAACAAAACUGUUAAAAUUAAUUUGUUAUAAAAAUCAAAAAAAAAAACCAAAUGAAAUAAAAAAACUUAGUAUUUAAUUAAAACA